CUUAAAUUAGGUACAUACGUUUGUUAAGGCUGUUUACAAUAUUAUGGGGACACAAAAAAUAUCGGAAUGACAAGACAAAAUGUUGUUUUAGCACAAGUUUUGAUAAUCAUAUCUGGAUGCUUGGGAGGAGAGUAUUGUUCCUAUAAUUACAAUGGCGGAAGUGGUGUUAAAUACAUGUACUGUGACGUCACAUGUUGUGGUUCAUACUAUGAGCGGUACUGUUGUGCCCUAACAUCGACGGCCCUAUAUGUCGGAGCAAUAGCAGGAGGAGUGAUAUGUGUAGGUCUCAUCAUAGGAAUCGUAGUUUGUUGUGUAUACAAAGGGAAAACACGUGUCAGGCGACAUCGCCACAUUAACAACGAUGCAACAAAUGUACGUUUUGAGUGUUCAAGGAUUUAUGGCAAUGAUUCUCCAAAGCCCCCACCGUACGAAUUUCAGCAUCACCCCAGCCCACCAGAAUAUCACUCAGAUCCGCCACCACGUUAUUUGACGCCUUUACCGGGGUCAGAAUUUCAUCACUUUCCGGGCUCGAUGGAAGACAGUUGAUUAAUCUGUAUAAUCUUGAC